UGAAAGUACGUCGCUAUGACGACUCUUUGGAAACAAUCAUGGAUGCCAAUCAGCCAGCAAUGUGUUUCUGUCAAUUGCAUUUAAUCCGAAAAAUAUGAUCAAAAAGAUGCAGGCUGCGAUGUAGAAAUAUAAUUAUUCACUCAUUCUUCGUCGCAAAAUGCAAACUGAAGUGCCGGCAUUACCUGUAGUAUGCUCAGACGGGUGUAAGCGAUCACUCACUAGGUAAACAUUACAAAUUAUGUGUACAGAAAAGUUGACGAAGAAUCAAGGAUUACAGCAGCAUCAAUAAAAAAUCAAACAUCGUACAAAAAUGCAGCUAUUCUUUUAUCGAAACGAAAGCAGUUGCAUCCAUUAAUUGGUGGUCCGUAUUACAAGAACAGCGCACGUGUUUACGCUAUUACCGAGCCCGUAAAAUAUUCGGAAAAAAAUCCUGUAGGACAAAGGGUUUUAUCGGCAAAAAUGCUACGUGUUAAGCAACUUCAAAAUCAAUUAACCGACGCUCAUUAUCGGUUGAAUGAACUAGCCAACGAAAACAGGCUGUUAAAAGCAUUGCAAAAAAGACAAGACUCUGCAUUACGACGCUACGAAGGAACGAAUGCUGAAUUACCACGUAUAAUUAAUUCUCACCACGAAGAACUCCGAGUACUGCAAGCUAAGUAUAAGAAAUUGAAAUCGCAACAUAAAGACACUUGCGAUCUACUGAAAGAAAAAGAAAAUGAACUACAUACUCUUCAGACUCAGAACAAACACCUCAUGCAAUUGAGCAAAGAUCGAAAUUUGGGAGAGAGAGAAAAAUUACAAGGACAAGUUUUAGAUUUGAAUCAUAGAAUCAAACGACAGAACGAAACAAUUCAGAUGUUACAUCGAAAAUUGGCACUCGAGGGAAAGAGUUUGAAACAUCAAUUGAGCAAUGAAAUAGCUAAGAAUAAGGCAAUGCAGAGACAUUUGAAUAAAACGAUGGAAAAAUUAAAAGGGCUGGAAGAUUUGUUGGACAACAGAGAAAAGAAAUUAUAUUACAACGGUCAGUUGCCGAUAUUCGGCAAACGUAAAAACAUAACGAGUCAGUCUCUGACAAAUUUGUCAGCCGAUGGCAGAAAUCCCACAAAUUUCACGAAAAAUGGCAUUGGAAAUAAGGAUCACGCAGAUCCCAAAGUAGCGGAAAAAUCUUUGCCAAUACUUCAUGAAAAAGAACCGAAUGUUUUGGACCAGAGAAUGAGUAAUACCACCACAAUUUUAACAUCGAAUACGGCACCAUUGUCUCCAAAAACUGAGACAAUGGCUAGCUUGAAUCAAAUUCGGAAAUUUCGACUGCAGAAAUCUCCUCUCACUCAAAAAUUGAGUGCCAGAGAUAGAUUGAGGGAAAGGCACAACGAAAUGGACAUUGAUGACAAUGAAACCAUUCCUCACGCUGAAAGCUCCCAAAAGUCGAAUACCAGCAUGGAACAGUAUAACAUAAACGCGUACGAAACAAAAUUGUCGAAAUUUGGAGAAAGUUUGGAAAACGAAACUGAGGGAACUGCUUAUAAAUUACCAAGAGAACUCAGAAAAGAAUUUGGCUACUCGACCAGUGAAAGCGAAAGUGAGGAGUUAGAAAAUUCUUCACCUGAUCAUACACAGGAAAAACAAUUUUUAGAAUCUACGGACCUAACUACAGCGUCAAAAGAACUGCAUGCAAGGUUGACUACCGAGGACCAUACAUCAACCAGUAUUGAUAAAAACAAUGAUAAACUCUUCACGGACGUAAAUUCGGAGAAAUUUGUAAAUGAGAAACUUAAAUUCAAACGGGAAUCCGCCCUAUGGGAACCAGUUAAGAAGACUUUUAACAAAGCCGAGUGCAAGGCGGAAAUGAGCCAACUGAAAGCAGCUGCUGGUAUUUCUGAAAGUGAUUCUGAAAGUGAUAGCGCAGCUGAAUCCAGUAGACAAAAAGAGAAAUACGAUUUUGUUCUUAAAAAUGCUCCAGAGGAUUCCGAGAACGAAGAUUCGAAUCAUCCGAUUGAGAAUGUCCUAACAUUUGACGGGGAUCAUAAGUCUGAUUCGGGCGCGGAGUUCGAUGGAUUGCAAAAAAUGAAGAAACGGGCAAGUUCUAACAAACCGAGCGGAAGAUCCAAGAUAUCUGAAAGCCCAAUAGCUUCGAGAGAUAUGAAUGAUGAUUUACCAAAAUCGCCGGACGAUAAUUAUGACGGCGGAAGACAACGUUUGAUGGACAUAACUAAAUCAUGGACUGAAUUGCAAGAAAAGAUUAUGAGAGAACGCGAAAUUUCGGAAAACCAGAUAAAAGGUUUGGAAAGCGAGUUAGAAGAUGAUCUGAUAUUGGAAAAGAAGAAUGUGCAUCGAAUUGACAACGACGAGAUAAAAAGAAUGAUGCAAUCGACCAGAAAAGUCUCUUUGACACUCAACAGUCAAGAUAAUUUUACGGAAAAUAUUGACCAGAAAUUAUAUGAAGUCGACAAUAAACAAAGCAAAAAAUCUCGACAGCUUGCGCGUAGAAAUUCAAUUUCUCUCGAUAAUAUGAAUCUAGGAAUUGAAUCGAGCGAAAAUCUGAGAAGACUUGAACACCGACUGUCAAUCGGCAAAUUCGAACACGCGGAAAUACAAUCGAGUGAAUUAGAACUACAAGAAAAGGAAGACGAAAGUUUUGACACUGUGGCGGAUAAGGAAACAUUUCCAUCGCGUUCAGGAGCGGGGGAUAAUUUCAUAUCCAGCAUCAAGAAUGAACUGAGCCAAGUCGAUGCAACACAAGCUGCACUUCAAAGCAUGGUGUUGGAGACGAAGAGGCAAAUAAAUGAAAACCAAAAAUCGAAGACGAAACAGACGAAUACGACUAAAAUAGAUAAUUCGAAGAAAACAUUGAACCAUCAUACUCAGCAAGAAACUGAUGUUGUGAAAAAGGUAACUAAAACUUUGCAACAGGAACCUUCGUACAAGGAAGAAAUGUCUUCAGAAGCGAGGAUGAUAAAUUACAAUAAAGAAAAGUUACUAGCUGCGAUGAAAGCGAUUGACAAUAACGAAAAUGUUGAGUUUCUGGAUUUGCAAAAAUCUCAAAAAGGUAACGGGAGUAGCAGGUCACAAAUAACAGAGAACCUAUAUCGUGGGGUGCCAACUCAUAAUAAGAAAAAAGAUGAUCUAAUUAAGGAGCUAUUUGGGGAUGGUAAAGGUGAUACAAAAACUAGAAACGGAUGUACAAAGAUGCAUUAAAUUGACAAUGAGUUGCGAUUCGGCGGAGUGCCGAGGACACUGGAAAGUGGUCGAAGCGUGUCAGAGGAAAAUAAUUAUGUGAGUAUUUAGAGAACAUACUUUGAUCAUCUGAUAAGAUGACUAUUGCAACUGUAAUAAGAACAGAAAUGACUUCUACUGAGCGGGGCAGACUUUUUUUUUGAUAAGACACAUAUACGCGUUCAUUACGAAAAAAGGACAAUCUAUCUCCAAUGCAUUUUAGUGGGAUCGAUGGAAUAUUAUAUUAAUAUUCGAGCCAAAAAUAAUAUACGGGCUAUUUAGUCAUUUUUGGCAGAACUCGCUGUCCAAAAAAUUAUAUUUGUACAAAAUGUAUGUUUUAUAUCACUGUACAAAGUGUAACGUCAAUCUAUGUACGAUAUCGUAAAGAGACGAAUUAAAAGUAAUUUCAUACAGAUAUUGAAAUAUUAUUAUUGUUGACGGAACGAGGAGUGAGACGUGGAAUAAUUGACGGAAGAUAUAAUAAAAAUAUAAAUUU